GAGACUCCGGGUGGUUGUCCCACUGCAAAUAAAGGGAGAUAACGGGCUCUUAGUAGCGGCUGAAAACUUUUUAUACUGACAUGUUAGAGCAAUGACUUUUGCGUAACGGUAAAACUGGGACUAGGCUCCCACCAUGAUAUAGGGUCCUUACGAGAAGAGGAAUAAGGAAAGAUUGUCACGGCCUGGUGGGGGUAAAGAAAGCAGUGAAUCCGUUGAAGUUCAGAAAGAAAGAGCGAGCAAGAUUUCCGAAAGUUGAGAGUAAUACAGAAACACAGCGGCGGUGGAAGAGCUAGUGUACCCAUUUGAAAGAUGAGCUUGAUGUCUGCCAUAGACACCAGUGCCUCCGUGUACCAGCCUGCGCAGCUACUGAAUUGGGUCUAUCUCUCUUUGCAAGACACCCACCAAACUAGCGCUUUUGACGCCUUUAGACCCGAACCCAACUCGUCCCACCCGGAGUUGAACUACUGCAAGGCUCCCGCCGCGGACGUGAGCUCGUCCCUCAACUCCAAUUAUCUCAACAAUUUUUUUCAGCUCCAGCGGAAUGAGGCAUUGAAUAACAGGGUAUAUAAAAAUGUCUCGCCAUACGACUCGCUCAACAACAUUGUUGACGGGCUCAACUCCUUGACGGACCACUUCUCCGACCUCUCCCUCUCCUCAGAGCCCCGCAAGCCCAGCAAAAGACCCCCGCCCAACUACCUAUGCCACCUCUGCUUCAACAAGGGCCACUACAUCAAAGACUGCCCCCAGGCACGGCCUAAAGGUGAGGGUCUAACUCCAUACCAGGGGAAGAAGAGGUGUUUCGGGGAGUACAAAUGUCCCAAGUGUAAGAGGAAGUGGAUGAGCGGUAACUCCUGGGCCAACAUGGGACAAGAAUGUAUCAAGUGCCAUAUCAACGUCUACCCACACAAGCAGCGUCCAUUGGAGAAGCCUGAUGGCCUGGACGUCUCAGACCAGAAAGCGUUUUCCCUGCCAAGUGAAGUGUGUGUGGAUGUUCUGAGUAUUAAAACAGACAGAGACAGGGCUUCUAGUGAUGGUAAUGUAACAAAGGUCCCUAAACCUUCUAUCGUCAUGGGCUCAAGUCGGGGUCAAUGUCUGGUCAAAUGUCAACCUAUACAUUAAUAACUGUGAAGGAAUUCUGAAUUGAUUAUUGAUUGAUUAACGGAGGGAUACCGCACCAAACAUCCCUGGCUUACAUGUUAUAUGUGGUGUAUUUAUUAUUUGUCGUCUGUUUGUCUGUUGUGCAAUUUUGAAUUGAUUUUAACUGGGAUAUAUACAAGUUACUGUCAAAAUCUAGGAAACUCCAACAUAAAGUGUCUUAAUAACAGGGCCAGAGCAGCUUCAAUGAACCUUGGCCUAGAUUCAACAAGUGUCUGGAACUCUAUAGGAGGGAUGCGACACCAUUCUCCCAAGAGAAAUUCCAUAAUUUCGUGAUCUGUUGAUGGUGGUGGAAAACGCUGUCUCGGGCGCCACUCCAGAAUCUCCCGUAAGUGUUCAAUUGGGUUGAGAUCUGGUGACUGAGACUGCCAUGGCAUAUGGUUUACAUAGUUUUCAUGCUCAGCAAAUCAUUCAGUGACCACUUGUGCCCCGUGCAUGGGGGCAUUGUCAUCCUAUGGUGGCAUAGCCAUGGUAGCCAAAAUAAUGGCAAAAAUCAUGGCCUGCCCAGCAUUUUUAUACAUGACCCUAAGCAUGAUGGGAUUUUAAUUGUUUAAUUAACUCAGGAACCACACCUGUGUGGAAGCUCCUGCUUUCAAUAUACUUUGUAUCCCUCAUUUACUUGUGUUUCCAUUAUUUUGGCAGUUACUUGUAUAUGAAUGUGUAAUAGUAUAUAUGUAUGUGUAUGUUUUUAUAUCAAAGUAUUAUUGUGUAACUGCUUCUAAUUGUCUAUAGAAACUACUUUAGGUUGAGAAUCGUUCUUCGUUUAGAUGUAGUACCGUGAUAAUAACAUUGAUGUUUUGUAUUUAACAUGCUAUGCAUUUACGUCAGCAAUGAAAUUAGUGUUGAGGUAUUAAUCGAGAUUUACAAAUUGACCAGCUUUGAAAAUUCUUGUCCAAAGCCAAAUGCAAUAAGAGCCGUUUCUGUUAUGAUAAAGACUGAAUAUCCAGUUCCUCUUAGCCAAUAUACCAUUCAUACAGUAUUUAGACUCUCAAGUGUUAGAUUGAACCUAUCUGCAAUGCUGUAGUCUUUUUUUGCCUACCUAAUUUAAUACUUUACUUCCAAAUAAUCAUUUUAUUAUUGUAAUGAGUUCCUUGAACAGUAAUUCCGUCCUGUACUCUAUGUAUGCAAACAAUAUUCUUAUUAAGGACUCAACUUCAGUAGUCUAUUUGGUGUAGGAUGCCGGUAGAUUGACAUGGUGGAUUUUAGUUUAUUAGAACUGGUAUUUAAUCUGGUAUAUACAGUAAAUAAGUAAUCCUUAUGCAUUUCAAAGUGGUUUUAUAGUAUACAUAUAGCAUUUGCAAAUUCACAUCUUUUUUAGGACUCACACCUGGCCAAUAGAGCUGUUCCAAUCUUGUAACGCUACUUUAAGACAGCUUUAUUUACCUAGAAAUAUGACAGUGAAUCGAACUAAUAUCUUUUUCCAAGGGGUUUAUCCCCUUCAUAGUGUGUCAAACAGGUGACAGCAGUAAAGGAUGUCUGGGGAGAGAGAGAGGUGAAGGGAUGUAGGUAAGAUGAAUAUAAUGUUUGGUGAAGAAAAAAUAAGUGGGAAAGUUGUCUUGUAACAGACAUAGCCAUGUUUUGUUUAUCAGAGGAAGUUUUGUAAGUGUGAUGAUGGAUUAAGUUUACGUUUCUGUGUGUUUGAUACCACAUCAUGAUAUAAACAUUAAAUAAUGUCUUUAUUGAGGAGGUAACUAACCAUUAUCUCUGUUUUCAAAGAUCUAGGCCUAUACUUUAAACUUUAUCGUUGGAGAAUCUAGAGGGAAGAAUAUCUUUGAUCUAACAUUUUGUAACGUUAGGUUUAGUUGUAUUUUAGCGAUAGAGGUUAUUGACACUUGGAACAUUUAUGUUGUGAGUAUAGCUGAAGAGAAGUUUGCUACCAAUUUUCAAAGCUGAGGUGUAUUUUUCAAAUCAAACACAUUAGUUUCUCAAAUAUUUAGAAUGUGUUUAAUGGUUCUAUAAAGGUUGAAUUAAUAGUUGUAUAUUUUAUAUUAUCUUAAAAGUACCAAUGUGCCUUGUAAAAAGAGAAUAAUUAUUUAGAAAAAUUUGAAGGAAAUGAAAUAAGAGGAGAAUUGAACUUAGUUUGGAACUGGAUUAAACUAAGUAACUCUGAGGUAGUGUUUUGCCAAGUUUGAUGCAAGUUCAAGAUGUGAAUACAAAUGGGAAAACAAAUGACCUUACCCCAUUAGAACUGAGAAGUUUCAACUGGCUAAUGUCUUCCUCUACACCAUUUUUUGAGUUUGGACGCAGUAACUAAAGCAUCUAGCAAAAACAAUCACACACACUGUAGCGAGUCUGUUGUCAUGGAAUCAACAAGGAUGUUAUUUUGAAGUCAGUCCACUAAUGUGAAUGAGGUUUUGACUAAAAGAUGUAUACCUCUUCCUCGUUCUCCGGGAUUAAAUCUGAUCUCAUUUGGGCUUUUAAAGGCCAUUUCCGAUUGAGACGAUAUGCAGUGUUUUACUGUGAAUGGGAUCUCCACAAAUGCGCGAACAUUUAUUUUAAAAGCUGCAAUGCCUAUAACUCGUGAUCGGAUUGAAUCCCGUCCUUGAGAUGAUAGUCUGUUUAUGACUUAAUGAUUGAUUUAACAAACACAAGUAGGAGUUUAGUCUGUUGUCUUACAUACAAUGGUUGGAUACGGAACAAUGCCUUAUGCAUCAUUUGUCAAAACUUGGACAUCACACUCAGUUGGUUUUAGUUAUAUGGGGGGUGAAGGAUAGUUAGCCUGUUUCCAGAUCUGUUUGUGACUCUUGACAACCCCUAUAGUCAUUGUGACAGCACAAUUAGAUCUUGAACCAGCCUACAGGAUAGUAGUCUACUCAUAAAAUAUUAGGCUUUAUAAUCACGAGGAGAUGCAUCAUAGCCAUUAUAUGGAUAUUGUAUUAUCAUCUGAACAAAAAUGUUUUUUUUUAUCAUAUUUGAUGUGAAUCGUAUUGAUGUUGAGGGUUUCGUUCGUUGAUUACAGGUCAUAGCAGAUUAUUAUUUUCUCCCCACAUAAUGUUGGGAUCAAUUCUAUAUUUUCAGUACUGUAGCUAAUACAAUUGAUCUGUUUCUCUGUCAUAUCUAAUAAGUGUUAUAAAACCAACUACAACCGAGCAGAACACUGCUGAUAUCCUAUCUUUACAAUAUAUUCUAGUCUUUAUUCUCUUCCCAACAGUAGUGUAUGUUUCCAUUAGCCAUCUCCGUUAGCUUGGGUAUUAGCCAACUAAACCUAAGCCUAGAUUCAAUCAACUGCACAGCUGAUGUGUUGAAGGAGUCGGAGGUAUAACUGCAUUGGAGCUGUCCAAUCAGUGAGCAGCUGCUCUUGAUCAUUGUCACGAUGCCACACCCAUCCCACUUGCGUUAGAAGAUCAGAACGAGAAAGUGUAGGCUAUAUAGAUUAACUAAUUAAGCUCAAAUUGAAAAUCAUAAAAAUAAAUAAUGAGGGCCUCCCGAGUAGUGCAGUGGUCUAAGGCCACUAGGGAUCCUGGUCCGAGUCCAGGCUCUGUCGCAGCCGGCCACGACUGGGAGACCCAUGGGGCGACGCACAAUUGGCCCAGUAUCAUCCGGGCAGGGCGUGUGCAAUGCACGCGGACACGGUCGCCAUGUGUACAGUGUUUCCUCCGCGGUUGGCUUCUGGGUUAAGCGGGCAUUGUGUCAAGAAGCAGUGCGGCUUGGCGGGUUGUGUUUUGAAGGACGCAUGGCUCUCGAUCUUCGCCUCUCCGGAGUCCGUAUGGGAGUUGCAGCGAUGGGACAAGUCUGUAACUACCAAUUGGAUACCACGAAAUUGGGGAGAAAAAGGGGUAAUAUAUAUUUUUUUAAAUGAAUAAAAAAUAAAAAAGAUUUCUAUCAGCCUAAUCGAGGUGUAGAUUACAUCUCACAUUCCAGUCUUCAAACUUGUGAACAUGGCUGCAUGGGAUAUCUCUUACUGCGACUCUUUCCAGCCAAUGGCAAUGCCAUUUUCCACUUUAGGUACAGUAUAAUUGCAGGAGCGGCUUGUGGAUUUGACAACUCUAACUCCGUUCCACCUCCGACACUGCCAAAACAAUUGCUAUGCGGAUGACAGCUAAAGCAGAUCUAAUUGAAUAGAACCCCUAAAGUGCUAAUACUGAUCAAAAUCGAUAUGCAUUAGGCUUGUGAGUGCUUUGACUUUUAAGGAAUAUAAGGAUAAGAAUAUCCUUAAGAAUAUAAGGAAUAUCAUGAAGAAUAUAAAGAAAAUAUAAAAUUGCCCAAUAUAUUUUUGUGGGAUAGUCUGAUUCCGUCCAGACUAGUUUGUGAAGAAGAAGCCAUGUGUUUGAGAUGGCAUAACGAGCCAAUGGAAGCAGUUCAUACAAUGUGUUUAUUGUAUUUAAAACGUAUACAAAUGCUUUUUCAGAUGUGUUUUUUUGUCUUGAAUUUAGGGCUGGAUUCAAUCCGUAUCGUGGAAGUAUCGCAGAAGAUCAGCGUAAAAAUGUAAUGGUAACGUGAAUACAGUCUCCACUAACAGGGGAACAUUACCUUUUAAAUGUAAUCUGCGCUAUAAUGCGGAGCUUCCGUGAUGCUUCUGCGAUACUGAUUUAAUCCAGCCCUGACAUAUACUUGAUUUUUCUAGUUCCUUUUCGGUAUGGGUUUGUUAUUUUCUAUGAAAGAUUUAUGUAAUUUGGAAAAAAUACUUUAUAGAUGUAAAAAAAAAAAAAAUAUGUUUUUAUUUUUCCUUCAAAAAUACAUUUUACAACUGACUGUUUAUGUAUAUAUUAGAUGGCCAUAAUUUUUAAGGAUCUUAGCUCCUCUGAAAUGUAAUGCAAUUUUGAAGCUUUCUAUGUGAAAAAGGGCCUAUAUUGCUGAGAAACAAAUAAAGCUGGGAGUUUUUUUGUUUAUGUUUUACAAUGACCUGAGGGGAUAAUCCUACAGAAAUAUUUAUGAAAAGAUUUUUUACAACAUUUAAAAAAUAUAUAUAAAAUAAGCAACAGUUACACUAAGAAGAAAAUAUUGAAAUACAUAGAUUAAAAAAGUUGGUACAUAAUUAUGAAUACCCUUUACUCAAUUAUAAGCCAUUGUGUGUUUUUUUUGCGGUUAGAAACUUUAUCAGUAUUGCAUAACCCAGAAUGAUACCUAAGUGCUUUAACUAAUAUGUCAAUGAGUUACAAUUUGUGUCCUUUGAAUAGCAUGCAUUCAUGUCGUAUUACGAGUAUUGCAUUGUUAUGAAAAUGGCAGACAUAAUUACCAAUGUUUUGUUAUUCAAAUUCUAUAUCAUUCAUUAAGAUGUUACUAGGUUAAGCAAUAAUACUGUUUUGUUAACAUGCAGAAGAAAUCAUUUUUAUAUUUGAAUGACUGAUACUCGCCACUAUAUAAGCACAUUCAACUGUGAGUUCUAGUUUGCCAAAGCAGGACAUUUGUGAAAUAAUUAUUUUUAUUCAUAGUGUAGUAAACCUGGACUCAGGGGUAGACUUAACAUAGUAAACAUAAAUCUGUCUUCUUCCGUGUAGUAUAAUAUGUUAUGUUUCGUAUUUGUUGUGGGUAACGUUAGCUAGGUGGCUAACUGGCUAUAGUUAGCUAGGCUAGGGGUUCGAGUUAAGGUCAGGGGUUAGGUCAAAGGGUUAAGGGAAGGGUUAGCUAACAUGCUAAGUAGUUGCUAAUUAGCUAAAACUGUCCGUGAUGAGAUUCGAACACGCAACCUUUGGGUUGCUAGAUGUUCAUGUUAUAGGUUAGGGGUUAGGCUAACAGGUUAAGGGAAGGGUUAGCUAACAUGUUAAGUAGUUUCAAAGUUGCUAAUUAGCUAAAACUGUCCGUGAUGAGAUUCGAACACGCAACCUUUGAGUUGCUAUACGUUCACGUUAUAGUAACCUUCUGUCUCAUGUAGCCAUGCCAAAGUAACAUGUCAUACUAAUUUGAGUGUCCUGUAUUUAUAUUUAAUAUGUUACGUCUAGUCUAUGAGACCAGGCUGUAGUUCAGAGUGUAACUUACUUACUAAGUUUGUGAGACAAAAUUACUAUUAUAGAGUUUGCAUGUGCAUGUGUUUUGAUUUUAAAUGAAAAAUGUGUAUUACUUCGUGCAAUGUAUUUAAUUUUAGCACUGUAACGUAGUUGGCUACAUACUGUAAUGGGCUAUAUAGAGUCUGUCCUUAAUAGCACCCUAUUCAUUUUAUAGUGCACUACUUUUGACCCAGCACAUAGGGCUCUGGUCAAAAGUAGUGCACUAUUUCGAGAAUAGGGUGCCAUUUGGGAUGUACAAUAGUCUCAGCAUUCUCAACAACUUCAAAUUGAUUGUUACUAGUCAUAAAAAUGUAUCGUUCACUGAUAGUGUAUAGCAAUUUAUACAUACUAACUGAAUGUAGUGUUUUAACACUUAAGUGGUCGAUUAGACAUUCAUGUUUGUUCUUUGACGUCUGUAACGUUGUGAGAUUGUAUGCUAUAAUUGGAUUGAGUGAGUUAGGAUGAUGAGUGAAAAGUUGUUGUGGAAAAAGAAAAUAACACUUCUGUUGCAACACGUCCCUGAAAUGGCAUUCCCAAAUGUGCCUUAUUUGUUAGUUAAGAAAACAACAAACUACUUUCCCACUGGGCACAGACGUCAAUUCAACGUCUAUUCCACGUUGGUUCAGCGUUUAUUCAACCAGUGUGUGCCCAAUGGGUUAGAGCUUUAGUGCUAUUAGGAAUUUUGAUGAAUAAAAUAAAUGUUACAUUCGAAACAUUUGGAUAGUGUUAUUUUUCAGUGCAUUGUUGAAUUUGUACUAUUCAAUAUACUGCCGUUGCUUCUUAGUUCACCUCGCCCACUGAAAAGCUAGAUAGAAUUUCACCAUAUUGUUUAAUUAGAACUAUCCAAUCCACUCAAAUCUACACAAGUACCCAGGGGUUAGGGAUCAGGGGCUACAAUACAACAAUACAGCUUUAGGGCUCUAUGCAAUCCGUAGCGCUGAAGAUCCGCUUUUUAGCACAAUUGACAAUUAUGUUCCCGUGGUCGCGGAGACUGUAUUCAUGGUAAACAUUGCAUACUGUAUGCCGGCUCAAUUGGAAAUUACCUUUACAUUUUAAUGUAGAUCUUCCACGAUACUUCGGCGAUACGGAUUGAAUCCAUCCGUUAUUGUCCAUAUGUUACAACGACAUUUGUUGUCUACUCAAUUCUACUCAAUGGUGGGGCUCAGGGCUGGUUCAAAUACUGUUUAAAAUACUUGAAACACUGAGUGUUUGCUCUAGCCCACCUCGAGUGUCGAUGGACAUGGUUUGAUGGGACUUUUCGAUGGUCCAUUAAGCCAGGCAAGCUCAAUAAAGCACAGAUCAGGUAUUUCAAAUAGUAUUUGAACCCAGGUUUGGUCUGCACUGCGGAGGUCCGCUGGUUUGUGUAAAGGAGAAAUUAGGACGAUGCCUCAGGAAGCUGUUGUCAAGUCCUGGAGGUCCUAUUCUAGUUCAUACUAGUGUUGAAAAGAUCUGGGGUAGGGAAAGUGACUGGUUUAUUUCAACGCUUAUUUCAACACUUUUACUAUUACAUUGUCAUUUGUAUGAGUUAUCAAGACUUCCAGUUCUGUACUUAUAAAACCUUUUCUCUAAA